UCAUCGAUUUAGCCCCAGCUCUAGUUUUGUGUGUGUGCAGGCAGAUGUAAAUUCUAAUAUCUGAUAAUUAGCAAAGUGAGCCCAAAGUGUUCCUUAUCGCGACUGUAAUGCUCUAUCGGCAGCUAGUGCGCUGUCCCCUUAAAUUCGAUCACGAACCAAGGAAAACCGAGGAAAUCAAAUUCCCAAAAAAGGAGCAAAACAAAGUACAACGCAAUACCAGUGCGAUGGCGACGAGUGAAGAAGGGAGCGAGUGUUGAAAAAAUCUGAUUGGAUAUAGGAAUUGGACAGAAAGUCGGACCAAACCGUCAGUCAAAAGUACGAAAAACACUAAUCAAACCGAAACCCAAACGCACAGAAUAGCUGGCGGUGGCAAACAGAUGAGACAUGCGAAUAGUGCGGAUGCUGAAGACAAAUCGUAGCAGCUGUGGACAUAGCGGACUAGAGCAAUAACAGUAUAGACGAAGGCCCGAUCGUCUCUAGAAGUUGUGUCCUGUGCGACAGAAUGUCCAAAAAGAGUUGUCACAUUCUCACCCUGCUGGGUUUGUGCCUGGUCUGUCAUGAGGCGGCCGUGGUCAGGGGUCAUGUCCUGGUCUACCGAAAAACAACGAGUCAGUUGAUUGAGGAAUUUAAUGAUAUGCCAGCACAGUUUGGUCCCAAUCUGCCAUCGAAUGGUCUCAAAGUGUAUGUGGUUCCCGCCAGGCGCCCUUACUACGGUUGUGAUAGUCUGGACAGGCCACCGCACUUGAAUUACCCACCCUCAGCCAAAUUUGUGGCCCUAGUAUCGCGCGGUGGCGAAUGCACCUUUGAGCGCAAGGUACGAGUGGCCCAGAAUGCGAGCUAUUCUGCUGUGAUUGUAUACAAUAAUGAGGGCGAUGACUUGGAACAAAUGUCCGCUGACAAUUCGACUGGCAUAAGAAUACCCUCGGUUUUCGUGGGCCACACGACGGGUAAAGCUCUGGCCACGUACAAUACACCCGAGGUGGUGCUAAUCAUAAACGAUGAGCUGCCCUUCAAUAUCAAUACCCAGCUGAUAUUGCCCUUCUCUAUACUGAUUGGCCUGUGCUUCAUAAUCAUGGUUAUCUAUAUGAUCUACAAGUGCAUCCGAGAGCAGCGCCGUCAGCGUCGCCAUCGACUGCCAAAGAGCAUGCUGAAGAAGUUGCCAGUGCUCCGAUACACCAAGAACAAUGCGAACAACAAGUACGAGACUUGCGUGAUCUGUCUGGAGGACUUCAUUGAGGACGAUAAGCUGCGUGUGCUGCCUUGCUCACACCCAUAUCAUACUCACUGCAUCGAUCCCUGGCUUACCGAAAACCGGCGAGUCUGUCCCAUCUGCAAGCGCAAGGUUUUUACGAAGGGCGAAACUCGUGCAAGUCGGAGUCGACAGCCUUCUUUGGAUAAUGUCACCGAUACAGAUGAUGACACGACGCCGCUAUUGCAGCAACAGCAGUCCAAUGGCAGACAAUCAACCCAGAUAAGCUCUGCCUCUUCGGCUGCUGGGGCAGCUGCCGGGAGCAGCUCGAGUGUAGUGACGGCAGCUGCCGCCGGAACCACGCGACAUGGAACCUUCCGGCGUGGAGACGCUGGCCGAAAUCUGUUUGAGGAGUCUCAGAGCUCUGAUGAUGAGAAUGCACUGCUGGAGUCUGCUGUGCGUCCAGCCACGACCUUUGGGACACACGAACGCAUCAAUCCUUUUGAUCGUGCUCCCAAUCUACCGGCUCAUCUAGCCGAACAAUUAACUGAAAGUCGUCCUUCGGUUUGGUCCCGGAUCAAUUUUGGCUCUUUCUUCCGUCGCCAACCGAAUGUAAUUAGUGUGGCGGCGCCACCCUAUCUGGAGCACGUUGAGUCCGGUACCAGUGCCAUGGGUCUGCCGGCGACGGGGACAAUUUCUGUAUCCUCGCCUGCAUCGAAUAACAUUCUUAAUCCGAAUUUAAGCGGCUCCUUCAAGGACGACGACGAUAUGCCACCGCAUCGCUCGAUCUACGAACCAAUAGCAAUCAGCACGCCGGCCGCGGACUCAACAGCCAUCGAUGAUUCGGCGUUUCUGCAGACGCCCACGCAGGGCGGCAUAGGCGUGGCCGCCCUGCCGCAUAGCGAAUCCGAUCGCCAGUUUCUCAUAUGAGGCGAAUUAGUUCGCCACGAGUCCUUAGCCUGUAGGUUGUAGGUGGUCGCUGACCCUCGAACCACGAGUUUUUCGUUUGGGUUCGCGAUCAAUGCUGUGGCUGCCAGCUGCUUUGUUUUAAACAAUUAACAAAUGUUUAUUAUUAAUAUUAAUAAAUAUGUAGCCGAACCUUGUGUUGGACUGUGCGAUGUCCCACUUCCAGGGCACCCACCCACAUAAAACCCACACACAGACACGAAACACACACGUCAUUUAUAUGCGUAUACAAAUUGUGAUUUAUUUUAUAUACAUUUUACAAUUAACCUAAUUGGCAUACUAGAUACCGCCUCGCCUGCAAACCCCAACCAAAAAUGUAAACGAUAAAGAUGGAAAGCGAAAUAAUUAACAAGUUACCACAUUUAAGACUUAAUUGUUUACCUGAUUCGCUUAAUCAUUGAUUCUGUUGUUAACUUCAAGCACCCAAAUACAAAAAAGCUAAACUGAUUCAAGAACUUAGUCAUGUUUUACCCACAAAGUGUGUUAUUUUAAGUUUUUGAAAACUGUUUUCCAACAAGAAUAAAAUUAAUUAAAACAAAUGAUUAUGUGGCAUUGGCCUGUAUAUUGUACAUUAUUCUCGAUUUAACUAAUUCUAAGUUAACCAUAUAACUUAUAUGAAUCCAAUGAUGCAAAAGAUUUUCGACCCAUGUUUUCUAGAGCAAGGAAUUUUUUCAAAUAUGAUCAAAUUGUAUUUAAAUUAAAAGUCGUUGCCACACUCAACUAAAAGUAGAAAACUUAAGCGCUAGUUUGUAAUUAUUUUUCCCUACAAAAAUUAAAUAUGCAACCAAUAAAUGCUGUUCACGACAAAACGAAAUCAAUUAGGGCAUAGAUGCAGAUAUAUAUAUAUAUUUAAAAAUGCUGUGGCAGUGUAAUCUAAAUUUAAUUUACAUUCAACAAAAUAAACGUAAUGGACAUAAAA